ACAUUCGCUUGAAAAACUCGCGCCUUACAUUAUCUCGUAACUUAUAUGAUAAUGGUUCAUUGGAUUGGAAACGACGGUGGUUAUUCUCGAGAUCCUUACGGCUGCUAACAUUAGGUCCAACAUGGGGGGGAUUUACAAACAUUUUUUAAAUCAACUUGAAUCCUGUCCAAAUAUAACAUCAAAUAAUAUCGGUAAUCCCUUGCUUUGCGCUCAAGGGAGGAUGGUGCCUACCUGCAUGUCCCCCAAUCUCCCCACAUGGGAUGUGGCACAGAGCUGAAAUAAACGAAGCCAGCGAGAAAUGAAUGCGCCGAAAACACGACUUCGGCUCAUCCUCUCUCAUUCCAUUUCAUCUUAUUACUCCUUAUCCGGAUUCGUCGUUCUACGUAGGCGUUAAGACUCGCCCGAUCAGUUAAAAACAAUGGCGAAAAGCUCCCUCCCCGUUAUCCCGCGGAUCGUCUUCGGCGUGGUCGAGCCCGCCAUGCUUGUGUGGGCGUACAAAGAUAGUCUCGAAAACCCAACCGCCUUCUUCGCCGCGCAAGCCCCGCCCUUCUCCGCGGACGCCGUGCCUCCCCAAGCGCUCGUGCUCCUCCUCCAGCUCACCAACGUGUACCUGCUUCUCGCCGCCGUCGCCGUCCUAUGCUCUUGGACCAGCCACGCGAGCAUAGCUAAAUGGUACCUCGUCGCCGUCGCGCUCGCGGACUACGGCCACGUACACGCGUGUUACAGGGGUGUCGGCCCCGACGUGUUCUGGGAUACGAGCAGCUGGAAUGCGAUGCUUUGGGGCGGCGUGGGCGUUAGUGCGGCGCUGAAUGUGCUGAGGUGGGCUACGCUGCUCGGCGCUUUCGGACGCUUGCGGGACCCGCGGGGCCCGCCGGCGCCGGGGGCUAGGAAGACCGCUUGAUUUAGGAGUGUCCCCUUCCUGGGAAGAUGGGAUGAGCGGCGCGUGUUUUUGUGAGGUGGGUGGGCGGCUUGUGGGUGUCGUUCGAGGGGUUGGAAUGAUGUGGCAAAGGUGGUGUUGUCGAGUGUCUCCUCAUAUUAGGGCUACCUAUGGAGUUCGGGG